AUGGGUGAUUCGAAAACUUCAUCCUCAUUUCUCAAAGCCACAACAACCACUCUACGGCACACAAUUAGCGCACCUGAGAAAUCAUCUUAUGUUUCCCACAUCAAUAGCUUUCUUGGAGAAGAUCCAUUCUUAAAGAAAUAUCUCCCUAUUGAUCCAUCAACCAAUGCUCUAUUUGACUUGGCAAAAGACGGUGUUCUUUUAUGUAAGCUCAUUAAUGUGGCUGUACCCGGUACCAUUGAUGAGCGAGCUAUCAAUACGAAACGUGUUCUAAAUCCAUGGGAGAGAAAUGAAAAUCAUACUCUCUGCCUCAACUCAGCAAAGGCAAUUGGUUGCACAGUAGUCAACAUUGGUACACAAGACCUAGUUGAAGCCAGACCUCAUCUAGUCCUUGGAUUGAUUUCUCAAAUAAUCAAGAUACAAUUGUUAGCUGACCUUAAUCUUAAGAAAACUCCUCAACUAGUGGAAUUGGUGGAGGAUAGCAAGGAUGUGGAAGAGCUUAUUGGCUUGGCUCCAGAUAAAGUUUUACUGAAAUGGAUGAAUUUUCAUCUAAAGAAAGUUGGAUAUAAGAAGCAAGUCACAAAUUUUUCCUCAGAUCUUAAGGAUGGAGAGGCAUAUGCUCAUUUGCUUAAUGCUCUUGCCCCAGAACAUGGAACGAGCACGACAUUAGAUGUGAAGGAUCCGACUGAAAGAGCAAAAUUGAUUAUCGAGCAAGCUGAGAAACUAGAUUGCAAGAGAUAUGUUACUCCAACAGAUAUUGUUGAAGGAUCACCAAACUUAAAUCUUGCAUUUGUUGCACAGAUAUUUCAACACAGAAAUGGACUAUCAGUAGACACCAAGAAAAUUUCUUUUGCCGAGAUGAUGACAGACGAUGCUCAAACUUCAAAGGAAGAGAGAUGCUUUCGGUUGUGGAUUAACAGUCUUGGAAUUGAUUUCUAUGUCAAUAAUCUCUUUGAGGAUGUCAGGACAGGAUGGGUACUUCUAGAAGUGCUUGAUAAAAUAUCUCCCGGGUUUGUUAAUUGGAAGCAAGCCACAAAACCUCCUAUUAAGAUGCCUUUUAGAAAAGUUGAAAAUUGCAACCAAGUAGUAAGUAUUGGCAAGGAUUUGAACUUCUCACUUGUGAAUGUAGCUGGAAAUGAUAUUGUUCAGGGAAACAAGAAGCUCAUAUUAGCAUUUUUGUGGCAGUUAAUGAGGUUUAGUAUGCUUAAGUUGUUGAAGAACUUGAGAUCUCAUUCCCAGGGAAAAGAGAUAACAGAUAUUGACAUAUUAAACUGGGCAAACAACAAAGUGAAGAAAUUUGGUAGGACUUCCCAAAUGGAAAGCUUCAAGGUGAAACACUCAAAACCUUGA